AUGCAAUUCUCAUACGCUCAAUUGGCCAUCUUGGCCAUGGCACUCGGUGUCGCUAGUGCGGCUCCUACCAUGAAUCUUUCUGGUGUCGAAACACGCGAUGCCGACCGCAUUCACUUCAGGCAGCUCAUCCACGAUCGCAAGACUUCUGAUGAUGAUGACAGUAGUAGUUCUUCAGGUGCUAAAGCAACCACCACUAAAAAAUCCUCGAAAUCCUCCAAAACAUCAACCAAAGCUUCAGCAUCCAAAGCCACCGGUUCUUCCUCAUUUAACUCCUCGGGCUCUUCCGGAUCCAACUCCUCAAGUGCCGCCGCAUCAACCAUCACCAGCUCCGCAUCUUCUAGCAAUGCAUCCACCGGCACGACCGGCAAUUCCAUGCCCGCAUCCUCAGGAUCCUCGGCCCUUUCCGCCGUCCAAACUAUCGCCGCAGGCGAAUCCUUCGAUGGCGGCAUGUUCGUAUAUGAUCGAGGAGUCAGCUGUACAGGACAAUCCGAAGGCGGCGACAGCGACGCCGUCUUCCAAAUCGAGGCUGGAGGAUCCCUCUCCAAUGUCAUCAUCGGAGCCAAUCAAAUCGAAGGUGUGCAUUGUCAAGGAGGUUGCACCUUGACUAAUGUGUGGUGGUCGGCCGUCUGCGAAGAUGCUUUCACGAUCAAGAAACAGGAUGCCGGGAAAACGACUACGAUUUCUGGCGGUGGCGCUUUUGGUGCCGAUGAUAAGGUUCUUCAGCAUAAUGGCGCCGGAACCCUUUCGGUUUCUGAUUUCACCGUGGAUACUUUUGGGAAGUUGUAUAGAUCGUGCGGAAACUGCGAUAGUAUGUAUGAGAGACAUGUGAUUAUGGAUUCCGUCACGGCGACCAGUGGAUCCGAACUUGCUGGUAUCAAUUACAACUACGGCGAUACCGCCACCUUCACCAAUAUCGUCGCAACGGACGUCGAUGAUAUUUGUGUGGAAUACACGGGUACAGAUGAUAACAAUGAGGAACCCACAGAGUACAAGACUGGUGCCGAUGGUACAUAUUGUAUCUACAGUACGAGCGAUGUUACAUCCUCGUGA